AUGGGACGCAAACUACCGCCACCGCCACCGCCUCCUCCUCCUCUGGGAGGCAAAUCCAAGAAUGGACGUAGUACGACGAAAAAAAGGCACGUUGAUCCACCUCCGCCGCCUCCACCACUAUCAAAAUCGCCUCAAGAAAAAGUGCAGCCAAUUACAACAAAAUCUGUGCCAAAGAAACCACCACCACCAGCAAUAACAGCAAAUAGAGGAACAGUCAAGCACAAGUCGUCAUCGGUACCACUUCCGCCACCACCACCCCCACCUCCAAAAACAGAAAAUAUUGCAAAACCCAAUGUUGUUUCGUUAAAUUCCGAUCUAAAUGAGGAUAAAUCUAAGACAGCUAAAAGAACAUGGAAUCAAAUGCAGAAACCUAGGUUCAAAACUUCACAGAAAGUCUCCACAGGAACUAUAGUCUCAGGGCCAAAGCCUGAAAUGCCACCUCAACAUUUGCGGAAAAUAAUGAUUGAUCAUGCAGAUUUGAGUCUGCGAAAUGUAAAUGCAGACAAACGCUCUCAUUUGGGGGCAUUGAAGUACCUACCGCACGCAUUGCUAAAAUUGUUGGAGAACAUGCCACAACCUUGGGAACAAGCAAAAGAGGUGAAAGUAUUGUAUCAUCGGACGGGUGCAAUCACCUUUGUGAAUGAAAUUCCACGAGUUAUAGAGCCUGUAUACAUUGCACAGUGGGCAGCGACCUGGAACAUGAUGAGGAGGGAGAAAAGAGACAGGAAGCAUUUCAAACGUAUGAGGUUUCCGCCUUUGGAUGACGAGGAGCAAUUUUUGGAUUGGACGCAAAACUUUGAAGAUGUCGAACCACCAGCUGCUAUUAAAUCUGGCCAAAUUGAACAAAUGGAUGAUCUAAAAGAUUGGUUUUAUGAUGAAAAGCCUUUGGUGGAUGAUAGUGAUGUGGUAAAUGGUGAUUCAUACCGAACUUGGAAUCUAGAUGCCACCACUAUGGACAAAUUAUACAAUAUUUCGAAACCGUUGUUGGUAGAUUCUCACCACUUAUUUGAUAAACGAGAGCUAUUCACAGCCAAAAGCUUGAAUAUAUGCGUUCCUGGCGGUCCUAAAUUUGAACCAUUGUUCAAUGAGAGCGUUGUUAAUGCUGAGUAUGAAGACUAUACUGAAUUCGAUUCACUAGAUAGGAUUAUUGUCAGGGGUCCUAUCCGAACCGAAUACAGAGUUGACUUUCCCUAUUUGUACAACUCCUUUGUGAGGAAAAUAUCACUUGCACCCAUACGAGCAAACACAGAUUGUCAAGAAGGAUCAAUCGAGCAAGAGAGCUCUGAUGGUUUAUCAGCAUUUACGUUCAACACAAACUAUAACCCAGUUAUUAAUAGAAAUCUUGGCAGCAAGAAAAAGAGGGAGGACUUUUCGGUGGGUGUGAAACCAUUUUUCACACAAAAAGAUUCGAAGUCUUCAUCAUUACAAGAGCCACAAAAUCUCAAAGCAUCACUUGACUUGUUGUAUGCACCAUAUCCUUUCAACGUACGCAGUGGAAAAACCAAAAGAGCCGAGGACGUUGCUUUAACAAAAUCUUGGUACAAAAACCGCGCUCCAAGAUCUAGUCCACUCAAGGUGAGAGUGUCCUAUCAAAAGUUGUUGAAAAAUUAUGUACUGAAUGAGCUCAAAACCUCCAAGGCUAAAAAAGCAAGAGCCACCAAAAAGGUGAAUCUUCUAAAGAGUUUACGGAAUACCAAGUAUUUCCAGGAAACACGCAUUGAUUGGGUAGAAGUUGGUUUGCAAGUAUGUCGACAAGGAUUCAACAUGUUGAACUUAUUGAUACACAAACGUGGAUUAACUUACUUACAUUUGGACUACAAUUUCAACUUGAAACCCACAAAGACAUUGACUACAAAGGAAAGGAAGAAGUCAAGAUUUGGUAAUGCUUUCCACUUGAUCAGGGAGUUGUUAAGAGCAAUUAAAAUUAUUGUUGAUUGCCAUAUACAAUUUCGAUUAGGCAAUGUGGAUGCAUACCAAUUGGCUGAUGCCAUCUACUACGUGUUGAACCACUUGGGUCAUUUGACAGGGAUUUACCGAUACAAAUAUAAAGUUAUGCACCAGAUCCGACAAUGCAAGGAUUUCAAACAUAUAGUUUACCACAGAUUCAACAAACUUAUUGGAAAGGGUCCAGGAUGUGGGUUCUGGCAACCGGCAUGGAAGGUUUGGAUAUUUUUUUUGCGUGGUACUAUUCCUUUAUUGGAGAGAUGGCUAGGAAAUUUGAUUACGAGACAAUUUGAAGGUAGAAGACAGAACGAUGUUGCUAAAACCAUCACCAAGCAGCGAGUUGACUCAUAUUACGAUUUGGAGUUGAGAGCACAAGUGAUGCACGAUAUAUUGGAUAUGAUUCCGGAAGGGUUGAAGCAGAGUAAGUCCAAAACCAUACUUCAACAUUUGAGUGAAGCUUGGCGUUGUUGGAAAGCCAACAUACCUUGGAAGGUACCCGGAUUGCCUGAACCUAUUGAGAAGAUAAUCGAAAGAUAUGUCAAAGCUAAAGCGGAUGGUUGGAUUUCCGUUGCUCAUUACAAUCGUGAACGUAUAAGAAAAGGGACACAUGUUGAAAAAACUGUUGCGAAGAAGAACUUGGGUCGAUUGACGAGGUUAUGGAUUAAAAAGGAACUGGAAAGACAAACUGAUUUUGGGAAGAAUGGACCCUAUGUGUCCCCAGAUGAGGCCAUACAUGUUUUCCAAACUACUGUUAGCUGGUUGGAAAGUAGGAAAUUUAGUCCCAUCCCAUUCCCGCCAAUAUCUUACAAACAUGACACCAAGUUGUUGACUUUGGCUUUGGAAAAUUUGAAAGCAAAUUUCAAUGCUAAUGCCAAAUUGAAUUCUGCGCAACGAGAGGAGUUGGCUUUGAUUGAAGAGGCCUACGACAACCCACAUGAAUGCUUGGUCAGGGUGAAGAAGCAUUUACUCACGCAGAGGAUUUUUAAAGAAGUUGGUUUAGACAUGAUGGAUUUCUACAGCCAUUUAGUGCCAUCAUACAAUGUCGACCCACUUGAGAAAAUCACCGACGCUUAUUUGGAUCAAUAUUUAUGGUAUGAAGCAGACAAACGGAAAUUGUUUCCGAAUUGGAUCAAACCCGCAGAUGACGAAAUACCACCAUUGAUGGUUUACAAGUGGUGCCAAGGUAUCAAUAAUCUACACAACGUUUGGAAAACAUCUGAAGGUGAAUGCAAUGUGAUGUUGGAGACGAAAUUGUCACAUUUUUCUGACAAGAUUGACUUUACAUUGGUUAAUAGACUUCUCAGGUUGGUAAUGGAUACUAAUAUUGCCGACUACAUCACAGCCAAGAAUAAUGUGAACCUUACAUACAAGGACAUGAACUAUGUGAACCAAUAUGGUGUUGUUCGAGGUCUUCAAUUUUCGUCCUUUGUGUAUCAAUAUUAUGGUUUAAUUGUGGAUUUGCUCAUCCUUGGAUUGGAAAGGGCAACCGAGCUAGCCGGACCGCCGCAAAAUCCAAACAAUUUUCUCCAAUACCAAGAUAUUGCCGCUCAAUGUGCUUCUCCAAUUAGGUUGUAUUCACGAUAUAUGGAUAAAAUUCACAUGUUUUUUCGGUUUGAUAAUAAUGAGGUUGAUGAGUUGAUUGAUGACUUCUUAAAAGAGAAUCCCGAUCCAAAUUAUUCCAAUGCUGUGGGCUAUAACAACCAUCGCUGUUGGCCCAAGGACUCUAGAAUGAGAUUGAUACGGCGCGAUGUGAACCUUGGAAAAGCUGUGUUUUGGGAAAUCAAGUCACGCAUACCAAAAUCACUCACCACCAUUGAGUGGGAAGAUACAUUUGCAUCUGUGUAUUCUCGUGAUAAUCCUAAUUUGUUGUUUGAAAUGUGUGGGUUUGAAGUUCGAAUUAUACCGAAAAUGCGCGCCAAGGAAAGUAAAUCAUCACAGGAAAAUGUUUGGGAUUUGGUGGACCAUACUACAAAGGAAAGAACUGCCAAAGCUUACUUGCAAGUGUCUCAAGAAGCUAUCGACAACUUCAACAACAGGAUUAGACAGAUUUUAAUGUCGUCCGGUUCAACAACAUUUACAAAAGUUGCUGCAAAGUGGAACACGGCAUUGAUUGCGUUAGUGACCUAUUUCAGAGAGGCCGCAAUUGCGACUCCAUCUUUGUUGGAAGUAUUGAUAAAGUGUGAGACCAAAAUUCAAAAUCGAGUAAAAAUGGGGUUAAACUCAAAAAUGCCCACUCGAUUUCCACCAGCUGUAUUCUACACUCCAAAGGAAUUGGGUGGUUUAGGAAUGCUCAGUGCCUCGCAUGUUCUUAUCCCCGAGUCAGAUUUGAGAUGGUCGAAGCAAACUGAUACUGGAAUUACCCAUUUCAAAGCUGGAAUGUCACAUCAAGAGGAAAAAAUGAUCCCGACAAUAUUCAGGUAUAUUACAACAUGGGAGAAUGAAUUUUUAGAUUCACAAAGGGUAUGGGCAGAAUAUGCAAUCAAACGAGAAGAGGCGCUUCAGCAGAAUCGUCGAUUAACUUUUGAGGACAUGGAAGGAAAUUGGGACAGAGGUAUUCCUAGAAUAAGCACCCUAUUUCAAAAAGAUCGCCAUACUUUGGUGUAUGAUAAAGGUCAUCGAGUCCGUAGGGAGUUUAAACAUUUCAGCACUGGUAGGUUUAACCCAUUUGCUUGGACAAAUAGUCAUCACGAUGGUAAAUUGUGGAACCUCAAUGCUUAUAGAACCGAUGUGAUUCAAGCAUUGGGAGGUAUAGAGACAAUUUUGGAACACACAUUAUUUAAAGGCACCGGGUUUGAUUCUUGGGAAGGUUUGUUUUGGGAAAAAGCCUCGGGGUUUGAAGAUUCAUUAAAGUUUAAGAAAUUGACCAACGCCCAGAGGUCUGGUUUGAGUCAAAUACCAAAUCGUCGUUUUACACUUUGGUGGUCCCCUACGAUAAAUAGAGCCAACGUUUACGUUGGGUUCUUGGUUCAGUUGGAUUUGACUGGUAUUUUUCUUCAUGGUAAGAUACCGACUUUGAAGAUUUCAUUGAUUCAAAUUUUUCGUGCCCAUCUUUGGCAGAAGAUUCACGAGAGUGUUGUUCAGGAUUUGUGUCAAGUUCUUGACAAAGAAUUGGAAGUUUUACAAAUUGACAAUGUAGAGAAACAGGCGAUCCAUCCACGUAAAUCAUACAGGAUGAACUCAUCAACCGCUGAUAUUGUUUUAACAAGCACAUACAAAUGGAAUGUUUCCAAGCCAUCCCUUCUCAAUGACAAGAAUGAUGAGAUGAUUCUACCUGCAAAAAAGUUUUGGAUUGAUGUACAGCUUCGGUAUGGAGAUUAUGAUUCUCAUGAUAUUUCAAGAUACGCAAGAUCAAAGUAUCUUGAUUACACCACAGAUGGUACAAGUUCGUACCCUUCGCCCACGGGUAUAAUAAUUGCCAUCGAUUUGGCGUAUAACAUGUAUGAUGUUUAUGGUAACUGGUUUCCUGGUCUAAAACCCUUGGUCCAUAAUGCCAUGAGAGAGAUUAUGAAGGCUAAUCCAGCUUUGUAUGUGUUGAGAGAAAGAAUUAGAAAAGGGUUACAGUUAUAUCAUGCUCAACCGCAAGAAGCAUUUUUGAAUUCUAAUAACUAUGCUGAAUUGUUCAACAAUGAGACGCAAUUGUUUAUUGACGACACUAACGUGUACAGAGUAACCGUUCACAAGACUUUUGAAGGAAAUCUUGCAACAAAACCAAUCAAUGGAUGUGUUUUUAUUUUGAACCCCAAAACAGGUCAAUUAUAUUUGAGAAUUAUUCAUACUUCUGUUUGGGCAGGACAGAAGCGUUUAAGUCAACUUGCUAAAUGGAAAGCAGCCGAAGAGGUUACUGCUUUGAUCAAAUCGCUUCCAAGGGAAGAGCAACCAAAGCAACUCAUUAUUUCUAGGAAAGGAAUGAUGGAUCCCCUAGAAGUGCACAUGUUGGAUUUUCCAAAUAUUUCUAUUCGACCUUCUGAAUUGCACUUGCCAUUUGCAUCAGUGAUGAAAAUCGACAAGUUGUCCGAUAUAGUUUUGAGAGCCAACGAGCCCCAAAUGGCUCUUUUCAACUUUUAUGAUGACUGGCUUACGAGGAUAUCCCCAUACACGGCAUUUUCUCGAGUUAUUCUAAUAUUGAGAGCAUUGGGAUUUGACUCUGAGGGUACCAAGCAGAUUAUAUGGUCAAACAGUGGUGUGAUAACUGAGAGCCACCACAUUUGGCCAUCAUUGACAGAUGAGCAAUGGAUUGAAGUUGAAAGCAAAUUGAGAGAUUUGAUCCUCGAGGAGUAUUCGAAAAAAUACAAUUUGGAUGUGCAGUCAUUAACUCAAUCUGAAAUCAGAGACUUGAUAUUGGGUCAAGAUGUGAGAUUCUCUACUAUUAGGCGGCAGGAGAUUGCAGAAAUCGAAAAGAGUGGUGGACAGGUGGAAAAUAAAGAAAUAACUGCUCAGAAAUCUAUUUCGACUAAUAUACACGGAGAACAAAUUGUUACUGUGACAACGACCAAUUACGAACAAGCUACUUUCUCAUCUAAAAAUGAGUGGAGGAACCGAGCUUUGGCUGCAAGCAACUUACAUCAAAGAGCAAAGAACAUCUACGUUGCCUCCGAAGAGUUUGUCGACGAUGACUCUUACACUUAUGUCAUACCAAAGAACAUUUUACAAAAGUUCAUUCAAGUGUCGGAUUUGAGAAUUCAAGUGGGUGCAUACUUGUACGGUAAGUCACCUUCGGGUCAUUCAGAGGUAAAGGAAAUAAAGUGUUUGGUAUUUGUACCUCAGUUGGGAAGCACUAAUUCUAUUCAAUUCCCGAAAUCAAAACCAGAAUACGAGGGAUAUUUGAAAGAGGAGGGAUUGGAACUAUUAGGUUGGAUCCAUAGUCAAUCGCAGGACUUUGAUUACAUGACUUCAUAUGACAUCACUACUCAAAGCAGAAUGUUUGAACACUAUGAUCCCAGAUUUAUUGAUAUGACUGCUUCCUAUACUCCAGGCUCAGUCACGCUUGCAGCGUUUGAAUUAUCAGAGAGAGGGUUUGAAUGGGGUAAGUCAAACAAAGAUAUGAUGUCUGAUUCUCCAGAAGGCUUUGAAAAGUCAUUUUCGAAAAAGAGCCAGUUGAUCAUGUCUGACAAGAUUCUUGGAACGUAUAUGGUCCCUGAAGAUGAAAUUUGGAAUUAUUUUUUCAUGGGUGCUAUCUUCAAUUCAAACGAUUUGUACAAUUUAAAAGUUGAUAUUCCCUUGUCGUUUUAUGAUGCAGUCCAUCGACCAAUACAUUUCACCAAUUUUGCGCAAUUGGAAGCUGGAAACGAGGAAGAAGCAUAUCAGGAAGAUGUUUUUAGUUAG